CUCUCUCUUUCUCUCUCGGCUGCUGGAGAAACAAGACAGGCGCUUUGGUGCCAAGGGGGAGAAGGCGUAGACUUCCUCUUAACAUUUCCUACGCUUUCAAACAAAGUUUGGUGCAAGCUUUGCUCUCAAAUUAGAAUAUUUUCCCGCUUUGUUUUGUGUUCCUUUUCUUUUACCUAACAGCAGUGGAGAUUUUCUCAUUUUUUCAAAGACAUCUGAACUUGUGCAAACAUGGACUGGGGAACAGAUCUAUGGGACCAGAAUGACGUCAUCGACAAGCACACUCAGUCUGGCCUUGACCUGCUGGAGCGUUACAUUAAGUUUGUAAAGGAGCGGACAGAGAUAGAACAAAACUACGCCAAGCAGCUCAGGAAUCUGACAAAGAAGUACUCAAAACGAGGAAGCAAAGAUGAGCAGGACUGCAAAUUCAGCAAUCAUGCAUCCUUCCAGGAGAUCCUAAACGAGCUAAAUGAUUACGCAGGACAACGAGAGCUAAUUGCUGAGAAUAUGAUGGCCAAAAUCUGUGAUAAACUAAACAAAGACCUGCAGGACCUCAAACAGGAACGAAAAACACACCUAUCCGAUGCCAAGAAGGCGCAGCAGAAUCUAGAAAGCAGCUUUAAACACUUAGAGAGUAUAAAAAAGCGUUUUGCCAAGGAGUGGGCGGAGGCUGACAAAGCAACACAACAAGCAGAGAAAAUAGAGAGCGAGGCGAAUGUCACAAAAUCUGAUGUUGAUAAAGCCAAGAACAAUGCCCUUGCUCGUACACGUGCAGCAGAGGAUUGCAGAAACAACUAUGCAGCAGAACUUCAGAAAUACAACAAAGAACAGAACAACUUCUACUACACAGAGAUACCAUUGAUCUUUAAUAAACUCCAAGACAUGGAGGAACGGAGGAUCCGGCAGCUGGCAGAGGGUUACUGUCUGUUUUCAGAUAUUGAAAAGAAUGUCCUAUCCAUCAUUUCCAAGUGUCUGGAGGGAAUUGCAGCAGCAGGGACGAAAAUUGAUGAGAAAAAGGACUCAAAACUUUUAAUAGAGCAACACAAGUCUGGCUUUGAAAGACCUGCAGAUGUGGAGUUUGAAGACUACUCCCAUGGCGUCAAACCAUCAAACUCAGAAUCUAGCCUCAACCCCCUGAAAGGACGAAAGCACAAGAUCUUCAAGAAACACAAGAUAACGCUUGCUGAAAAACACAUGCCUCCUCCUGCGGAGGACUUCUCCCACCUUCCUCCAGAGCAGAGGAAGAAGAAGCUGCAGGCGAAGAUCGAAGAUAUCACCAAAGAACUGACAAAGGAACAGGACCAGAGCGAGGCUCUGGACAAGAUGAGGGGCGUGUACGAGCAAAAUCCACAGAUGGGUGACGCCCAAAGUUUGGAGCCCCAAAUCACGCAAACAAAUCAAAAUAUUGGCCGUCUGAGGGGGGAGCUCGCUAAAUAUGAGACAUGGUUAUCAGAGGCAGUGGGAGUAGAGGACUCUUUACACACCACCAACAAUAACUCUCAGUUUGGUGGAACAGCUACCCAGAACUCAUUAGGAAACGUCUACACAGAGUUUGAUGACGAGUUUGAAGACGUUGAAAGCCCAGUUGGCCAAUGCACUGCGCUCUACACCUUCAAAGGCAACAGUGCGGGGACCAUUUCUAUUAAUGAAGGAGAGCAGCUGAGUGUCAUGGAGCAGGAUAAAGGAGACGGAUGGAUGAGAGUCCUCAGAGCUAAUGGAGAGGAGGGCUAUAUACCUACAUCCUAUGUCAGAGUCACACCUUAACCUCCUUCAGAGAGUUUGUUAAGGACAGUUAAAGAGCCAGAGUUCAACACAAAGUCACGGAAGAAGAUAGUAGCUGCUGUCGACUUGUGUUUUAUCUCAGCCAGAGAUGAUAACAGUGAGAUGAAUGUGAAGGUAUUAAGGCUGAUUACAAUAUCUCCGCUCUCUGUGGCAUGGAAUGCUGUCUCAAUAUGCAUAUCAGUCUGGUGUGAUACUUAUCCAUUUUCCUGCAUUUAAAAAAUAGGACAGAUCUUCAGAAUGUUGC